AUGUACUUCCUAUCAAAAACACUUGCUGAGAAGGCUGCUUGGGAGUUUGUCAAAGAUAAUCACAUUCAUUUUAUAACCAUCAUUCCAACUUUGGUGGUGGGGUCCUUCAUAACAUCUGAAAUGCCACCAAGCAUGAUCACUGCAUUAUCAUUAAUUACAGGAAAUGAUGCCCAUUACUCCAUUUUAAAGCAAAUUCAAUUUGUUCAUUUGGAUGACUUAUGUGAUGCUCACAUUUUCCUUUUUGAGCAUCCCGAAGCAAAUGGUAGAUACAUUUGCUCUUCCUAUGACUCCACAAUCUAUGGCUUAGCAGAAAUGCUGAAGAACAGAUAUCCCACAUAUGCCAUUCCUCAGAAGUUUAAGGAAAUUGAUCCAGAUAUUAAGUGCGUAAGCUUCUCUUCAAAGAAGUUGAUGGAGCUUGGGUUUAAGUACAAAUACACCAUGGAGGAGAUGUUUGAUGAUGCAAUCAAGACCUGCAGGGAGAAGAAGCUUAUACCACUCAACACUGAGGAAAUAGUCUUAGCUGCUGAGAAAUUUGAGGAGAAUAAAGAACAGAUUGCUGUUAAGUGAGAAAAAUGAAUGAGAGAGGAGAAGUUUGAAAUUCUUAUCGUCGUCGUUUUAGGCUUUGGUUGGAGUGACUUUUUGCUGCUUCUUAAAACAAUUUUUUAGUAUAAAAUUUUUAAUUUUUUACUAAAAAAUUGCUUUAAGAAGCAGUAAGAAAACCGUCCCAAAUGAGACCUUACUUUACUUUGUACUGUCCUACUGAUUUUCUACGUACCUUAGAUUGUCAUUGAGUUUAUACUUGCCAUGAGAAUUGCAGCUUCGCAGACCCAUCAUAAAGUUUUAUCAUAAUAAACUCUUCCCUCAUUUAAGAUGUU